UUGGUACUUUGGCAUGCUGUCUAGAGACCGGACAAACAACAUUCUCAUGAACCUGGACUACAGCGGGGUGUUCCUGGUCAGAGAGAGCAAGACAAUGCCUGGGGAUUUUGUUUUGUGUGUCAAGGAGGAUCAGAAGGUUAGCCAUUACAUAAUCAACAGAAUACAGACCUCGAACGGAACAUUAAGGUUUAAGAUUGGAGACAAAGAGUUUCCCGACAUGCCAAGUUUAUUGAACUUCUACAAAACCCAUUACCUGGACACAACCACAUUAAUUAAACCAGCUCCUAGAGUGAAGCUGUUGUGUAAAUUUGAUUUCUCAGGGAAAGAUCCUGAAGAUCUCCCAUUUAAAAAAGGUGAUAUACUAGAGGUGAUUGCAGAAGAUGAGGAGGAGUGGUGGACAGCAAGAAAUUCAAAUGGCCAGGUUGGACUUAUUCCGGUCAGAUACACACAAGUGAUUGAAAAUCCUGUGUCUAUGAACCGGAGUCCAGGCAGAGCCCCAGACUAUCAGCAGCCACAGAUCCAGCAGCUGCCGACCCAACAAGUGCAGAUACCUCCUUCAUUUUUUGACGUUCAGCUGCCUGCAAAGGCUAUGGUCAUUUUACAAAGAAUCCCUAGUGCUUAUGAUAAAAGGCAACUACGUUUGGAGGUGGGUGAGAUCAUCACAGUGCUGAAGAUGUCACUAAAUGGACAGUGGGAAGGCAGAGAUAUGCGGGACAGGGAAGGCAUCUUUCCCUUUACACACAUUCGCUUCCUCACCCAAGAAGAAUUACGAAACUUGCCACCUUAA